CGUGGUCCCCACUCCGAAAGUUGACUUCUGCAAAAGUGCCUUUCCCUUCGCCCCGUUGGGAUGUACAGCUAGCUGCACUUGACCUUUCCUUUCUGUUCUUCCACCCAUGUUCCCUGUCAGGUUUACGCCUGCCUAAUGGUGCCUGCACCCUGUUGCAUCUGCUUUCACUGCUGGCAAAAGAAUCGAGCGUUCCGUUAUCUCCUUGCUGCGUCCGGGUGUGCCUGCCUGUUGAGAUAUCAUACCCGGUGCGUUGCCUGUCUUUUACCCAUGUGUCUGUAUUGUAAAUAUUCCGUCGGUUGCUGCGCGGAUGGGACGGUCUACGGCCCCAUUGAUAGAUUCUACGGGCAUGCCUGCAUGUCUGCAUGCCGGGAAUGGAUCAUGCUUAUUGACAUUAUCGUAGCCCUUUGUAGAAGCCGGGAUGGCAACAAUCUCUACUGGACAGUCCGUAGGUUCGCGAAUCGACGAAGAUAACAAAUUCAUCAAAAAGGCAAGCAAAAACGCAAGCAAUGUACUGUACAACAUGUAAUUAUAGAUCAAUCAAUAGA